AUGACGCAUGCCAAUCUGAUGAACAACUACUUCAACCCUAACUCGGUGUACAUAGAAGAGGAUUUUAGACGUCGCUUUCGGAUGAGGCGUCAUGUCUUCGAGCGUUUACUUCAUGAUGUCCAACAUCCAUACUUUCGACAGAAUCGGGAUAGAGCAGGCCGUCCUAGUUUCUCACCUCAUCAGAAGGUUAUUGUUGUACUCCGAAUGAUAGCCUAUGGCUCCCUAGUUGAUUUGAUGGAUGAAACCCAUGGUAUGUCUGAGUCUACAUGCCUUGAUACUCUUGAACAAUUCUGUGACACAAUUGUUCAGGUUUACAAAGACGAGUACCUCCGUGAGCCAAAUCAAGAAUAUCUGAAUCAGCUCCUUCGCAAAGUUGAAGAUCAUGGGUUUCCAGGCAUGAUAGGGUCAUUAGACUGCAUGCAUUGGGAUUGGAAAAAUUGUCCCACCGGACGGCAAUGA